CAUGCUGAGCGGGCUCUGGGCCCUCCACACGCUGGCUCUUCUCCUCUUCCUGUGCUAGUUAGCUAUGGCGGCCGUGAAGACCCUGAACCCCAAGGCCGAGGUAGCCCGAGCCCAGGCUGCACUGGCGGUGAACAUCAGCGCGGCCCGGGGCCUGCAGGACGUGCUGAGGACCAACUUGGGGCCUAAGGGCACCAUGAAGACGCUUGUUUCUGGUGCUGGAGACAUCAAGCUUACUAAAGAUGGCAACGUGCUGCUUCAUGAAAUGCAAAUUCAACACCCAACAGCCUCCUUAAUAGCCAAAGUAGCAACAGCCCAAGAUGACAUAACUGGUGAUGGUACCACUUCCAAUGUUCUAAUCAUUGGAGAGCUACUGAAACAGGCGGAUCUCUACAUUUCUGAAGGUCUUCAUCCCAGAAUAAUAACAGAAGGAUUUGAAGCUGCAAAGGAAAAGGCACUUCAGUUUUUGGAACAAGUCAAAGUAAGCAAAGAAAUGGACAGGGAAACACUUAUAGAUGUGGCCAGAACAUCUCUAUGUACUAAUGUGCAUGCUGAACUUGCUGAUGUCUUAACAGAAGCUGUAGUGGACUCCAUUUUGGCCAUUAAAAAACAAGAUGAACCUAUUGACCUCUUCAUGGUUGAGAUCAUGGAGAUGAAACAUAAAUCUGAAACUGAUACAAGCUUAAUCAGAGGUCUUGUUUCGGACCAUGGGGCACGGCAUCCGGAUAUGAAAAAAAGAGUAGAAGAUGCAUACAUCCUCACAUGCAAUGUGUCAUUGGAAUAUGAGAAAACAGAAGUGAAUUCUGGCUUUUUUUACAAGAGUGCAGAAGAGAGAGAGAAACUUGUAAAAGCUGAAAGAAAAUUCAUCAAAAAUAGGGGUAGUCCUGUCAGGCCAAUUCUGCACUUGCCCUUCUUCAGCAGCUUGUAUUAUAAGAACGCCAGCUAUGGACAGCCACGAACACCAAGGCUCCUCAGUCACUCAGCCUUCCUGCAGCUGCUGAUGCCAGAGCCAUCUGGAGUCUUACCCUGUGUUCCUGCAAUCCAGGACCUGGCCAAGAACUUGGUAGAAGUUCACAUGCAGAUUUGGGACCUCCCCAAGGGUGGCUCCUUCUUUUCUGGGAUUUACUCCAUCAAUUUCCAGUGA